CAAACACGUUUGACAAUACUUUUCUAUUAAAUUUCAAUCCCUCUCAUAUCCAUUCACUACCACCUCCUAAUUUAUAAGUCUUCUUAGUCUUUCUCUCCUCUCUCUACCCAAUAUUUCAUUGCUCUUCACUCUCUCUAACCACCCCAAUUCUCUGUUUGGAUUUGGGCAAAAACCAUGGCCUCCUUCACUUAGUGCAUUCACCAUAUAUACCAUUGAAUAUUUUCUAGGGAAAGAGUCACAAGACUCAAUUCAUGCAACGUAUUCCAAGAUCUAAGAGUACCCUUUUCUUGUCUCUAUAAUCUGGCAUGGAUUUUGUGAACCAAAGACACCUACUCUAUAUGCCACAUGCUAAUCCCCCACCAAUUCCUCAUACUGCAACACAUUCUUCUCUUACAAAUUUUCCCCUCAUAGAAAUCCUUCUUAUAGGAAUGGUGGUUUCAUCUUUGUUCCUUUUACUCUACUACAUGUUGGUUCUCAAGUGCUGCCUCAAUUGGCACCAUGGUCAUCAUGCAAGACUUUUUUCUCGAUCCUGGUAUGGUGCUGAAGACCCUUCUGCACCAUACCCAACAGCAUCAGAUUCAGAGCCUAGAGGGCUAGAGGAAGCAGUGAUUAAGUUGAUUCCAGUGAUUCAUUACAAGCCAGAAGAAGAAGGGUACACAGAGUUUGGUGAAAGAGCCUCUAGUGAGUGUGCUGUUUGUUUGAGUGAAUUUCAGCAAGAUGAGAAGCUCAGGGUUCUACCAAAUUGUAGCCAUGUCUUUCACAUUGAUUGCAUAGAUGUUUGGCUUCACAACAAUGCUCAUUGCCCUCUUUGUAGAGCAAGUGUUUCCUUGAUGACAAGCCGAGUCCAUGUUGUUGACCAAGUCCAACUUCUCACUCCAAGGCCCUCCCCACAAGACCAAAGCCAAAACAUUGAUGAAAACCUCAUUGAUGAAGGUUUUGUUGUAAUUGAUUUAGAUAGUGAACAUGAACUUGAACUUGAACAUGAACAAGACUUACAAGGAAGACAAGAAGAGUUAACAUGUUCUAUAAGUGAUUCUUCACAAAGGAGGUUAUUGGAGGAGAAGAUUGCAAGGAAGCUUCAAAAAGUGACCAGCUUGAGAGAUGAGUGUAUUGAUAUUAGAGCCAAAGAUGAAGGAUUCUCAGUUCAGUUAGCCAUGAGAAGGUCUUUCUCAAUGGAUUCAUCGGUGGAUAGACAAUUCUAUGGGGCAGUUCAACAGGCUUUACAGCAACAAAAUGGACAUGUCAAUGAGGUCAACACAAUUGAGGCUUGUGGUGGAAGUGGUAGAGUCAAGAGAUCAUUCUUUUCUUUUGGACAUGGAAGCAGAUCAAGAAAUGCUGUAUUACCUGUUUAUUUGGACCCCUGAAAAUUUCUCUUAGGCCCCUUAAUCUUUUAUAAGAAUUGGUCUUAGUUCUUAUACUUUAAAAUUGAUUUUGGUUCUUGUGUUUUUUUAUAAUUGGUGAAUUUCAUCUUUCAUUCUAGUAUCUUAAGUUUCAUUAAGAGAGGUGAAAUUCACCAAUUAUCAAAUAUUGGAAGACCAAAAUCAUCAUUUUUAAAAUAUAGAAACUUAAGGCUAUUGUUAGCUGAAAAAUUGAGGUCUUUUUUCCUAUCCGCUAUUCAGUUUUUGUUGGCCUAUAUAUGUUUUCAAGUUCAUUUGAAUGUUUGUGAUGUGAGGCAGAAAGAUUAGAUGUUUGAAAUGGAAAGGGCACAGGACUGUAUGAUACAUGGAUACUACAUUGGAUUUA